UUUGAAGUCUCGAGACCGACCGAGAAAUCGGAGCAGAAUGUUUCAGUUGCAAAAGUGUGCUCGUGCCAAUUAGACGCGGACACGUGUGCGCGCGUACACCUUGGGUCCAGCAUCGUAACGAUUGCAUUUGGUGGCAGCUCUACUAACACACACACCCACAUUCACCCUAACACAACGGUGCGAUCGAUUUGUUGAGUCGUCCAGGUGAAUUCUGCACCCUUCGCGGUACGAUGCGUAACAACACACCAGCCGACCGACGGGGCGACCCAGAGGUGGCCAUUGCCUAGCAUCCAGGUCGCUCGGCUCGGUGGUCCAGUGACGCGUAUCUUGCUCCCGUUCUCGCAGGAUAGCUUUCGCUCUCCCUCUCUUUCUCUCUCUCUCUGUCGCGCGCGCACGCAACAACCCAACUCUGCAGACUGCAGAUAAACCAGCAGACGGUUGGACGCCUUUCGUGCAGAGGGUUUCGCGAAAGGCACCCCACACAAAAAACGGAAAAAAGAAUACCAGGUAAAAGUGUUCAACCGUUCUACGAUUGUCGGAAAAAGGAUUUCAUCCUUACAAUUGAUUCACAGAGGAUCAGGUGAUUUUAGGUGUGUUUGAUUGAUUAGUAGUGUGGUGUGUGUGCCGGGUGCAAUGUGAUGAGUGGAUCCAAUUAAACCGUGUGGUGCGACCGUUCAGUGCAGUUUGUGCAAUGUUUAUCCCGUCCGUAACGAGCAGCUUUACAUAGGAAUAAUACAGUGCAGUUUCAAGCAGCGUACAUGCUGGUACGACAUUGAAGACAUUGCCUCGACCGGAACCGCCACCAAAUCAAUCCAUCUCCUUUAUCCUCCCCCCUGGUCGGGUGCUGCCAAAAGGGAAGAAGAGGAAACAUCCGUGCUAGCUCUAUCCUGGAUCCGGCCGGAACGCUAUCGAUCGGCGGUGUGCGGUAUGAAUAGCGAAGCAGAAACCUCCCAUAUCCUUCAGAAACUGCACGGCGAGCGAGUGAUGAAUCUUUAAAUGAAGCUGCUUUGUUUUGUCGGCGCAUGUGUUCGAAUUGUAGCGAAGUUUGCGAAGCGAUUGAAUGGCAAAAUAUUCAUCCACUAAGUUUUGUUUGGCUGUGUGUUUGUGUGUGUGUGUAUGUGUGAUAGUGGUUGCAAGUGAAAAGUAAGCAAAUCGGGAGGAAAAAAUACACCUAGAUGUGAAAGUGAAACACGAAAGUGCAACCAAAUCUGUAAAGUGCGUUUAAGUAUUCUGGAGGAUGCUUCCCAGCUGCUUCUGCCGGAUGUGCCGGAUCUGCUAGUACAGUGCAGGGCGCACCUUCCCGGUAAUAUAAGUGGAAACCACUCGUGCAACGCCGCGUUUAAUGCAAAACGGUUUCACUUAAUUCGUACUACCACUUCCUCGCCGUGAGUUUGUUCCAUGUUUGCGCUCUCCAAAAAAGGUGCUUCCCGGAUUAUCGUACCAAUUUGUUCCCGUAGUUAAGGAUAGUGUUGGAAUUUUCGACCAAAACAAGGAAAAGAAAGUAGCUACCUGCAACGUUUCCGACCACUUGCUGUUAUUUCGUCGGCUCUCCCGGCCAGUCGACACCAAUUCAUCGCACAACAUUGAUUCACCGGGUGCGAAGCGCGUAACAGCGUAGAACAGAAUGAAUAACAAGCUGCAUCUGCUGGCCGUACCCUUGCUUAGCCUGCUCGUGGGCUAUGUAGCUAGCCUAGAAGAGGACUGUGUCGACUUCCAGGGAAACUCGGUCGCACACGGUCUACUCUACGUACCUGGACCGGGCGUGUGCAGUUUGUGCGUCUGCUACCACUCUGAGCCGCUAUGGUGCAAAGCAAUCUACUGUGAUCCUCCUUAUUUCUGUAAAAAGUUUCGCGUAGGUGAACGAUGCUGUGAAUUUGAGUGUCUCGAUCCACCCGGAGAGGACGAAAUGUAUCAGGCUCGACUCCGGAAGCGUGCGGAGAUACUGGCCGGAAAUGGAGCCAGCACACCGUCACGGUCCGGCGAUUGGUUCUGGUCGCCGACGAGCCGUGCCACCGUAGCCGGACUGCUGCUGGUAGCGUUAGUGCAGAGCGUUACGCAAAGGUUACUGCUGCUGCCGUCAUAGCUCUGCUGAGGGUACAACUACUACAACAGCACACCGAACCGCCCAACACUCCGCUGCCCAUCGUAACACCUUUUGUUACGUUCGAGGCGAAUCCAGCCGAUCACGCCGAUCACGGCCGACCCCCUGGACACGCGACACACGGGUACGGUGUGGUCUGGCGAAGAUGCGACGGCGGAUUUGGAGCCGGGAUCAUAGGCGUCAUAGAAUAUUUAAAAUCGAAAGCAAGCCAAGUUCUAAACUGAUCCGCGAAGGUAAGGGCUCCGGCCUGGGCCGACCGUAUCACACACACACACACACAUACUGUGGUAAGUGGAACAGCAAACGCAACACGCGAAACACAAUGAAGCCGAGGUGCGAGAAAUCUUUAAACUAUGCAAUGCAGUUUUUUAAUAAGAAAUAAUAAUAAAAAAAACAAAGCCAGUAUGAAACGUGAUUGCUAGCAGGCCUGCUAGUCGUAAGGCCCUAGCGUGACAAUUAGCUAUUCUAACGAAUCAACACACAUUCAUACAACACAACAAAUCUAGCUGUAAGAAAGUUUUGCUUUUAACGCGCGUUGAAGAGUUGGGAAUACAAUCAUGAGCGUUAUCGUUAGUGGAUGGACGGACGGACAUGAAAUAAAUAACACUACAACACAAACCUAAACUACGUUGGCGCAUACCAACAACAGCAAUAACAAAGCAGCAAUCGAUAGCAUCCUCAUCAUCCAUCCUAUUUCUUCUACGAUCAAAUCCUUAAAUUUUGAAAUUACUCUGCUCGUAACUACCAACCCACAAGUUCUGAGGGAAAAAAAGAUAAAUUCUUAUGGAUGUAGCGCCAGGGUGGAGUUGUAGCCAGGGCGGAGAGUGCAUCAAUUUCAACGAGACGUCCACUAGCAGCAGUACAAUUAAACCACGGCACACAGAACAAUUUCGUGAUGGCAACCCAUAGAAGCAUAGCUAGGCGAGUCUUUCUUAGAAGCGGAGUUAGGAUGUAGCUACACAAACACUUCUCAAACACAUGAGGUAAACAAAUCUCUUUGCGUCCCGAGCGCUUUAGUAGUACGGCAGUAGUAGCACCGUUAGCGUGGUUGUAGCGAGCCGCUGUGCGCAGCUUAGCAAGCCGCCGUGCGUACCAGUUUGCGUACCGUCCGCGUCUGAUUCAAUCUUCUCUUUUUUGUAACAUCUAAAACGGUUUCUGGUACUUAGUGAUUGAAUACUUCCAAUCUUCCAAUAGAGGAGGACGAUCGAGUAGUGUUGUAGCAUUAUAACGAACAAAAGUAAACACCUUUCCAACAUUUCCAAUAGCGCUUAUUUCGACCCUGGUUCAGGGAGCGGUUAAGCGAUAUUCUGCAGCGUUGGAGUGACUUUUCCAGCUGGAGGAAAAGCUGCUUUAAGUUCGGUAGUGUACAUUAAUAUCUGUUUAUUUCAUGGGAACCACAUUUUGCUGAUUAUCGUAUGCUUUUUUUUUAUUUACACAAUAGAUUUGUGUUACAAAUAACCAGCUAGCAACAUACUUAACAAUUCCGCAUGACAUAAGAAAUGAGAUAAAAUUUGACAACUUCAUUACACCCUUACUCAAACCGGGAACAAAACCAUCCAAAACCGUUGGAACAAACAAACAAGCCGUAGGUGUUGAACAUCCUCCACCAAGCGAACGAGAUAUCUUAAUUAUCUCUUGCACAGAAAAUUGCCCGCCUUCCUCAUUUUCCAUUACGUGUUAUGUGCGCCAAUAGGAGCCAUUCGCCAAUCUCCUUAACCUUGUUGGCUGCAGUUACAUUCUAUCGACUGCCAACGUACAGAAAAGUUGGCAGAAAUGAGUUGCCAAGUUCGGCUUCCGUAAUCGGAUUCCGUCCCAACCUUGGGAGCCACCCAAGCCGACGGUGAGCGGACAUUAUACUACCCGGUAUUCAGCCCCGAGAACCCUCAGUGUCCAAAACAAGUCGACCGAAGCAUUUGCUGCUGCUGCUGCUGCUGCUGCUGCCAAUCGUGGCCAAAAUUUGUUUCACUUUUCAGCACAAAAACUCCCGGUAACUACGACUUGGACUGUCAUUCGAAAUGGUUGCCUAGUGGCCCGGUACGGGUCCUUCUCGUUCCUAGGAGUCAGUGAAGCUGAAGUCUAACUAGCCCGGGACUGGCGAAGGGACAGCAAACAGGGACGAUGACGAUAUAAUUUUUCGACCGUUGGUUACGAAAGUUGCUCCAAACGAACCAAAUCCCUGCGAAAACAGCUCGGUUCGGCAGUAUGUGCCACCGCCACAGCGAAGGUGGUAGCGGCCCCACCAACGUACGGGGCAGAUUGAAAAAUAGUCCGAUUUUGGAAGCAAAAAAUUGUUUUCCGUUCGUCCUGUGGCUCUUGGCAGAAAUCGUUUUGCAUGAUGCUGGUUUCGAAAUCGGGGUAGCAUCGGGGAAGGAGAAGGCAUCGUUCACGCAGGUGGAAAAAAUGUCCACAACAAACAAAUCCAAUUUUCCCUGUGUGUACUUUUCUGUUUUCGGGUAUGGCCUCGAGGGGGCGGGGGGGGGGGGUGAGGGGGAGCCAACAUCUUCCGCCCCGCACGAAUCAUGGAUCGCGUGUCUAGACCUUCGCGCCAGCUAAACUUUGGAAGGAUGUGUUUGCUUAUUUUCCAUUGAACUGAGUGGCGACGCUCAUACAAAUCACAAAAUUUGUUACUAGUUUCCACAACCCCCGUUCCCCGCCCUUCCAAAAAAGAACCAUAUUUCUGUGUAAUUAAUUUCCAUACUGAUUGAAAGUUUGUGUGUGCAAUACCUCACCAUGGGGAAAUGGAAAUCAUAAAUACGGUAACGGCUGCCUGUACGAACCCGACCAUCAAUGCAUUUGCGAUGGCAACACAAAAACAAGUGUCACCAUAGCCGCGGCACGCCAAGCCACCGCCAGGCUGAAGGUCAUGAAGUCAACGGCUCUUCUGACUGCCGCACCCCCGGGGCGCUGUUCCACCACCACCGAUUGGGUUUCAUUUUUGCCGAAGCUUUCAUUCGCUUAUCCAUCACUUUUCCAUCUCCGAGUCCGGGUCCAUCAUGACGCAAGUCAUUUUCUAGGAAUUUCCUCCCCCCCCCCUCCCUCCCUGAUAUGGUGGCAUAUUUUACGGGACAUGAAUACUAAGAGAUGUUGAGAUAGCGCCGUGAAGGUAACGCGAGUGUUGUCGGAAGGCUGUUGUACACUUGCCAACACAGGAGUAGCAAAUAUUGUAUCAUUGUGUGAAUCUUUUCGGUCAAAGUUGAACAAAUUGCCUGCAAACGUUUCUAACAUCAGCAAUAACAGACUAUUAUUUGUUCGGUUAAAUUUGUUGCCAACACCGGUUCGAGAUAAUGCAAACAGUACAAUCGCAAGUCCAUGCCCAGCACUGUCGCUUUUAUGGAAAAUAAAUCGCAAACAUCUUUCUCCGUGCCAAACAAGAGUAAAAAAACGCAAGCAAAAAGUUGAUUAGAUCGCUUCCGUUUGCUUGCCCAAAAAAAAAAACGGUCGAGCCUGUGGGGCACACGCACACACACGCACACACGCGCACGCAAUACAACAACCACGUGUGAGGGAAAAAUCGAUCGGGGGAUGACAUUUUUCCGGCAAUCCUUUCCGGCUCUUCUGUUCCGGUGAGUGUGUGAGUGCGUGUGCUAUGUUUGGGGAAACGGUUUUCUGCUAUCUUGCUUUGCCUUCACGCCACCAGGUUACAUCUGGCAACUCAGGUUUGGGGGUUUUGCUGGCCACGUGCUGCUGGUGGGAUUAAAUUGUGAAAUAUCCAGAGCUUAGUGUCCCCAGACGACCCCCCAAAUAUACAGUCCCCGUUUGUGUCGGACAGGUCGUUCCAUCCGCCCCAUUGACUACCUGUCAAUUGGUGAAUGAAUUGUUCAAAAUCAACCCUUCCGUUUCCGUUGCGGACCUCACGGUCGGUCGGUCGAUCGUUUCGAUUCUCUGCAUUUGCUGCUGCCCCCUCCCGAACAGAGCGCAUUUGUGCGGUAUUAGCUUCCUUAACACAUCAAUUUAAAGCACAGUGAACACAGUGGGGAGAAGCAACAAACCCCCCCGACGGUCCCGCAGGUUAACCCGCAUUUGCGAGCGAGUGAAAGCGCCGGCAAAGCGAAGAUCUUUGUUCCCAAAUCUGUCUGCUGUCCCUUUUUUUGAGAUGCUUCCUUCCCAGUUCCCUUCCCAACCGUUGGGCGAAACCUUUUGCUUCGAUUCACAACAACAUCCCCGGAUCGAUUUGUAAUGCCCGGUUCGUACACCCUCAUCACCUCGGUCGCCGUGCUCGGUUGUGUGAUGCCGUAGAUAAUAUUUCAAAUUGCUCCCCAGGGGGCUAUGAACAAUGCAGCAUAACGAUACCCGGUUUCUUUUGUUUUCCUUUUUGCGUUUGGCUAAAAUUAGGUUCAUAAAUUUCAACUCCACCAACGACCAACCCACCAAAUUGCACGCGAAAGCUCUCGCCAGUCGCGCUACCAAUUUGUCGGACGUACGGAAAACUGUAGCGCACCGAGCUGUAUUGUGCGGUGCUGCCCCGGGUUUCGACAUCAAACGCUGGCACUUGUUUUGUGGUGAAUAUCAAACGAAACCGAAACGAAAUUCGAAUUGGAGCGAACAACUUACCACCGUGGUUGUACGUUUUGUUUCCUUUUCCUAUAGCAAGUACGGUGACAUUUUCGACCGAGUGCUCACUUUCCUUCUUCCAUUUAAUGAGAGAGUAGCGGCAGCGGCUACAACGUCGCAGCCUCCUUCGAUUCGUGCGCAUUUUAGCCGGUCUCGUAUCGCUGAACAAAAAGCGGUAGAUAGGAGAUAGGGGCGUGUGCUUUGGCUUUGAUCCUUGCCGCCGGUUGAAGCAGUUCAAAGAAUCGUACAGUGCACGUGCCGUCUUUUGUGUGAGUAAGCACACGGCUGCCCGCUUUUGGCUGAACGCUGAACGCAUCGUCAAAUAUUAAGCACAUAAUUAAAACAAUAACAAAGAUUUAAGACCACCCACGGUGACAUUUCGUGACACACGGUACGGCAAAAUGUGGCUUUGUAUGGGCGCUUGAAGCGCUUGGAGAGUGAAAUGUUUGGUAGAACGAGUACAAUCGCAUUGUUGGGAUCGGUAUGUGUAUGCUCUAACAGCAGGAUUUAAAUACAUUCCCCUGGCAACAGAAGGUUCGACUGUUCUUAGUAAAGCCCGAGUUACAGCUCGAAUGAAAAUGAAAGUGGAAUUUUGUUUUUUUUUUUUGUUUUGUUUGCUAUAUUCCAUUAAAUAUCGAUCAAAAUAUGGCACCAAAAGAAAGGAAUUUAGAUUUUCCAAUAAUUUAGACUAUGAAACGUGUUUGAAUAAUGAAUAAAAAGCAUUUACUUGUGAUUAACCGCUGAAAAUUAUGUUCUUACCGUGAACAAAGCGGGGCAUCACAAGUAAAUGCUUUUAAUUCAUUAUUGUAACAUGUCUAAAGAGUCUAAAUAGUUGGGGAAUUUAAUGAAAUAUAGCAGAAAAUCUCUAAAUUUCACGUUCAAUUUCACUGGAGCUGUAACCCGAGCUUAAAAUGCAAAACGCCUAAAGGUAUGCAACUGGACAGGUUGAUUGCCUAAAGCUGUUUUCAUAAGGACGUUAUUUUUCGAACAACAAUUAAAACAAUUCUUCAAACAAUUUACAAUGGACUCUUACUUCUGCAAAGAAAAAAUCAUUUAACAGGUGCUUUUAAAUUUCCAUCCCUCCUACACACUCAAUCCGGCUUCUUAAAACCUUCGACAUCUUUAUCAAAUAUUUACGCUUGAUUGACCUGCAAAAACAAAAGCUCGUCAUUUGUGCUUUACCCUCCCUACUGUUGCUUUGCUCAGCCGUCCACUCAAAAAAGGGAUUCAUAAUUUUUGCGGAAAUCUCUCUUCACAAGCCUUCACCUGAACCGUACAAUUUGCCUGUUAAAAGCCCAUUCAAACUCAACCACCGACGCUGACACUGAUCGCAUCAAAAGAGAAAAAAAGGCUAACACGCUCUUUGAAGAACUUUGCAAACCGGAUGGGCCCACCGGUUCCUUCUUAUAACGAUCCACUUACGCAAAAGCGGCCGUUUCUUUCGACCCAACCCAGCCAGCCAGUCCUCGAUAGAGGAGUGUGGUGCCGCGCACAGCAACAGCAAAAAACCCAUAAAAGACUUCAGGCUUCGGCCACUCGAACUGCCACGAACCACGGCCACUCAUCGUUCAUUGGUGAAAUUGUCGCCGUGUAAAGCAAAAAAACAAGUGACACAGAAGAGUGCAAGGAGUUGAGCAAGAAAAUGGCUGAUAAAAAUACUCGACGAAUGGUGGAAAAAAGACACCGAACCAAAACAAACGGAGCAAAGCAACAGUAGCAAACAAAAAAAAAACACCACCCCGUCACCAAACAAAGAGGUAAGGCUACCG